CCCGACAGGCUCCGCGCACUUUCCGCGCCAGCUUUGGCCUUAGCCAGCGAGCGGCGGAGGAUGGAAAGCAGCGACGAGGCGGCGGUCGAGAAGUGCCGCGUCCACUUGCGCCCCGGCACGCUGCGCGACGCCGCCCGCGCCACGCUGCACCUUCUGCCCUGCGAGGUUCUGGUUAACGGGCCCGCCCCGGUGGAGCGCUUCUUCACCCCAGCCAUCCGGCAGGGUACCGAUGGACUCGAAGUGUCGUUUCGGGGCCGCAGACUACGGGGCGAGGAGGUGGUGGUGCCGCCCGGCCUCGAGGGAUACGUGAUGGUGAUGGAAGAGAAGGGAGAGGUGGUGGGGAAGGACUUCUCGGAGGGUUCGUCGAACCUGCGAGAGGAGCCGGAGCUGGCGGCACCCCCAGAGGCGCUGGAGCGGGACUUUGACCGAUUUAUCGGAGCCACCGCCAGUUUCAGCCGCUUCACACUGUGGGGCCUGGAGACCAUCCCCGGUCCGGAUGCCAAAGUGCGCGGGGCCCUCACCUGGCCCGGUCUGGCUGCAGCGAUUCACGCACAGGUGCCUGAGGACUGAGAACUGGAACUUGACAUUGAAAGCCACCGGUCCCUCCACCCCAAUAAACCAGCUCUUCGUUCUGGAACCACUGACUGAUUCCAUCACCCCCCAAUAAACACGCUCUUCACAGCA